AUGGUAGCCAGAGUUCUUUUCUGGACAGGCUUCGGCGUCGCCGUUCGCUUCUGGCAACUCGGCCUCGAGAUGCGACCGUUCUUCAACAAAGGUUCCCUAUGGGCCUACCCAGUCUUCGGCGGUGUUGGUGCGAGUUUCGGAUAUUGGCUACAAGGGGUCGACGAGAGGCAAUCGGCAAUCCUAGAAGAGCGCAAGAGGACUAUUCUAGAGAAGAGGGCAAGAAAAGCCGCACGCGACGCGGAGAAUGCGGCUGCUACUGCGUGA